UUUAGUAACCACACUUCAAACGUUGCACAGCACUGGCAAUAAAUGGCGCAUUUUUCAUAAAAAAAUCACACACUGAAAACUGAAAUGCCGCCGAAGCGCAAAAAAGCGAAUAAGGCCACAGCUGUGCCUGGUCUUGAGGCGGCAGCCCUUGAUCCCUCGCGGCCUGUCCUCUACAUCGAACACUGCCGCUCCUGACGCGUCUUCCGUCGUCGGGCCGAAGAGCUGCACGCGGCACUGCAAGAGCGCGGUCUCCAGCAGCUGCAGCUUCAGCUGAACGUGGAAGGGACGUCUCGCCGCGGUGCGUUCGAGCUGCACUUGGCCAAGCAGCCAACAACGGAGGCGAGUGAGCAGCAGUCGCUUUGGUCUGGCCUCAAGCGUACUCCGCGUGCUCAAAAGUUUCCCCCUGUCGACGAUGUGUUCAGGUGGAUUGUGGAGAUUCUUGGCCCGGUGGCAGAUGAGCCAAAGCCGAGGCAGACAGAGGAGGCACCUGCACCGAAGCAGACUCAAAAGCGCAAGCGCUCUGCCAAACCAGAGCUGGCGGCAAAUGUCUCCAAUGGAGAGCAGAAUACAUCCCCCAGCCAGGCUAAGCGAAGGAAGUGAAUCCCCAUGACUACUGGCAGUAGAGCACCAUGAACGAUGAACGGCAAAUCCCAACUGGAACCGAUCAUUGUGAAGCCCCCCGAGGUUGCCUUUGCCAGCAUUACCAUUACCAGAUUCAACCUAAACACACGCUCAAUUGUUAUUAAAAAAUAUAUUAAAACAUCUUAGAAACCUAA